UCUCUUUUGCCUAGGAAACCCAAAAGCAACCUCUUUAACUACACCAAGCCUCUUUCAAAUAUAAGCAUGCUCCUUCGAUAAAAUAAACCUAUCCAAGAUUUCCAUAAUACAUUUUUCCUUCCAUGAUGGACCGUUCCUACCUAGAUUUUGAGCCUGAUUACCAUUAUAGAGAAGAAGAAGCUCAUGACGUUAUUGAGUUUCAAGUGAAAGAUUUUAAGAAGGAACAGCUGAAAGUUCAAUUAGGCAGCAAUGGGGUCCUAGCAGUUUCCGGUGAACGUCCCCCGGGGGGAACUAGAUGGAUCCGAUUCCGCAAGGAAUUCAAAGCUCCUAAGGAGUGGAAAGCAAAUGACAUUCACGUAAGGUUGAGAUCUGGUAUUCUUUAUAUAACAAUACCUAAAAAAAUUGCUCCGCAGAUUUCUCUACAGGAUCCACUUACGCCAAUGCAACAACCGUCAUCGCCAAUUCAAGACGAAGGAAAACUAAAUCAAGAGAGCAGUCAAAAGAAAGAGGUUGAUGAGACUUCUACAACUACACAACCAUCAUUAGGUGCUGGAGAUAUGAUGAAUACGCCAACUGAAAAUGAUGCAUUACCCAUGGCUGGUCCUAAAUCUUUCAAUUCAAGGCUUAAAAUAGGGAGAAAGAAAGCAGUGAAGGUUGUGGCAAGUGUUGCGGUGCUGUCACUGCUGUUCACUGUGCUAUUUUAUAUAUUCAAAUAUUAUGAUCCUAUGACUAUGCAUGUGUAAUGUUGCAUAAAAAACUUAAGAAAAAAAUGAUCAUGAACGAUGUUUUGGACCCUGAAGUGAUUAUUAUACUCAGAUUAAUUAGGUUGCAUUACAAUGUAAAAUAAUUGAAUGACUUAAAAUUUAAUGGAAUUCAUUGUAUUAGACCAAAUAAUAAUAAUAAAAAAAAGUCACUUAAAGUGGUCAAAGUGAAAAGCUCAAAACCAAUUGGCACAAGAAUUUUUUUACCGUAUGAUUGGCUCAAGUGGACCCAAGUGGUAAAAUAUUGUCCUUUUUUCUUCGUUGUUUAGGUUCAAAUCCGUUAAAAGCAAGUUAUGAAAAUAUAAUUUUUCAUAAAUUUAUUAAGUCGAAAACUUGCUUAGAUUGGCCCGAAGAGAUGAUGUAUUGGACAAAGCCAUAGCACGAGAAUUUGUUAGAUAAACAUGUAUGACACAAUGAUGAACUGCUUGGGAAAGAAAAAUGGCCAUAACCACUGUAUCAAUGAGCAUUUUGGAGAAGUUUCAUUGGAUUACCCUUUUGUAAUCGUUUUAGCAGCAAAUUUUUUCAUUAAGAAAGGAAAGGUAAACAAUCUGACACCAUGAAACAAAUAAAACAGAUCCGAAGCAGAACAUCUCAAGCCAAA